AGCAGCGGGCGGCGAGGCCGGUGUUGGCGUCGUGAGGCGGCCGCGACCCGACCCUAGAGGGGAGGGAGCGGAGAGGGGCCCGAGGCCUUCCCAGCCGGGCGGCCUGGGCCCUGCCCCUUUCCGGGCCCCGAGUCUCCGUCGCCGGUUGUGAGGAGAAGCUCCUUGCUGGAUCCGGGUGUCUGCGGCGGCGGCGGCUCCCUCGCCGUUCGUCCUCCCCGGGCCCAGAGACGCCCCCGCUCCAGUCAUGCUGAGCAGAGUAUGGAAGCGGCGGACUACGAAGUGCUGUCCGUACGAGAGCAGCUGUUCCACGAGCGGGUCCGCGAGUGCAUCAUCUCGGCUCUCCUGUUUGCAACACUCUACAUCCUCUGCCACAUCUUCCUGACGCGCUUCAAGAGGCCUGCCGAGUUCACCACAGUGGACGACGAAGAUGCCACAGUUAACAAGAUUGCGCUCGAGUUGUGCACCUUCACCCUGGCGGUCGCACUGGGCGCUGUCCUUCUCCUGCCCUUCUCCAUCAUCAGCAACGAGGUGCUGCUGUCCCUCCCUCGGAACUACUACAUCCAGUGGCUCAAUGGCUCCCUCAUCCAUGGCCUCUGGAACCUGGUUUUUCUCUUCUCCAAUUUGUCCCUCAUCUUCCUCAUGCCCUUCGCAUACUUCUUCACUGAGUCUGAGGGCUUUGCUGGCUCCAGAAAGGGCGUCCUGGGCCGGGUCUACGAGACGGUGGUGAUGCUGUUACUGCUCACUCUGCUGGUGUUGGGCAUGGUGUGGGUGGCAUCGGCCAUUGUGGACAACAAGACCAGCAGAGAGUCGCUCUACGACUUCUGGGAGUAUUAUCUCCCCUACCUCUACUCCUGCAUCUCCUUCCUCGGGGUCCUGCUGCUUCUGGUGUGUACUCCGCUGGGUCUCGCCCGCAUGUUCUCCGUGACCGGGAAGCUGCUGGUCAAGCCCAGGCUGCUGGAAGACCUGGAAGAGCAGCUGUACUGUUCAGCCUUCGAGGAAGCAGCUCUGACCCAUAGGAUCUGCAAUCCCACCUCUUGCUGGUUGCCUCUGGACAUGGAGCUGCUGCACAGACAGGUCCUGGCUCUGCAGACACAGAGGAUCCUGCUGGAGAAGCGGAGGAAGGCUUCAGCCUGGCAGCGGAACCUGGGCUACCCACUGGCCAUGCUGUGCCUGCUGGUGCUGACGGGCCUGUCUGUGCUCACCGUGGCCUUCCACAUCCUGGAGCUGCUCAUCGAUGAGGCCGCCAUGCCGCGGGGCAUGCAGGAUGCCUCCCUGGGCCAGGUGUCCUUCUCCAAGCUGGGCUGCUUUGGUGCCGUCAUCCAGGUCGUCCUCAUCUUUUACCUGAUGGUGUCCUCUGUCGUGGGCUUCUAUACCUCUCCACUCUUCCGGGGCCUGAGGCCCAGGUGGCACGACACAGCCAUGACUCAGAUCAUUGGGAACUGCGUGUGUCUCCUGGUGCUAAGCUCAGCACUCCCUGUCUUUUCUCGGACUCUGGGACUCACCCGCUUCGACCUGCUGGGUGACUUUGGCCGCUUCAACUGGCUGGGAAAUUUCUACAUCGUGUUCCUCUACAACGCAGCCUUCGCCGGCCUUAGCACACUGUGUCUGGUGAAGACCUUCACCGCCGCUGUGCGGGCAGAGCUCAUCCGAGCCUUUGGGUUGGAUAGAUUGCCGUUGCCCGUUUCCGGCUUCCCCCGGGCAUCUAGGAAGAGCCAGCACCAGUGACCUCCAGCUAGGGUUGGGAGAGAGCAAACCGGACACUGCCAUUUGCUGCCGAGGCCCAGAGGGAGUCCCAGGGGUGCAGCGACCUUGGGGCCUGGAGCCGCGAGGGGGACUGAGCCAUCUGCACUGUUGCAUGACCUGAGCCAGCGUUUGGGACCAGUGCCCUGCUUUUCCAGACUUAACUGUGGUCUCGGCUGGGGCUGGGUGAUCGGGCCUGCCUCCUGGUCCCAAAUCCGUUUACACGUCAAUCUGCCUCACAGCUAUCCCGGGCCAUGCCUGUCGCCAUGUUUACAUGACUUGAUGUGCAAUAGGGUGGGGAGGGGAGGCGGGGGGGGGGGGGAAACAGGGUGACCCCCUGGCCUCUGGCCCAGCUGAGCCUGAGCACUGUGCUAUCCUGAGGGCGUAGGCAUGAAGAAGCUACACUCAUCAGCAAUAAAGCCCGUCCCAGGGUCUGCUUCUGUCUGA